GCAGCCUGACCCAACCCAAGCUGCCAAGCACCGACCGACCGACCGCAACAAGGCCUUCUAGAUCUGGCUGAGGCUGACCUUGCAGAUCAUUCUUCGUCUCCUUGGCCACCACCAGAGCAGAGCAGAGAUCAGCGGCGAUGGCGGACGAUGCGACGAGCAGCCACCCAUCUCGGUACGUCAAGCUCACCAAGGACCAGGACGCCCCCCUUCCCGCCGAGGACAUCCGCCCCGGAGAGCUCAACCAGCCAGUCCACGUCCCGCAGCUUGCAGGCCGGAGGUGCAGCGAGUGCGGCCAGGUCCUGCCCGAGAGCUACGAGCCGCCCGCCGACGAGCCCUGGACCACCGGCAUCUUCGGAUGCACCGACGACCCCGAAACCUGCCGAACCGGAUUGUUUUGUCCUUGCGUGCUGUUUGGGCGCAACGUUGAGGCCCUUAGAGAGGAUAUCCCUUGGACAACACCUUGCGUUUGCCAUGCUGUCUUUGUUGAAGGAGGGAUCACGCUGGCAAUUCUCACAGCAAUAUUUCAUGGUGUCGAUCCAAGGACAUCAUUUCUGAUUGGAGAAGGUUUGGUAUUCAGUUGGUGGUUAUGUGCUACCUAUACUGGCAUUUUUCGUCAAGAACUUCAGAGGAAAUACCAUCUCAAGAACUCUCCCUGUGACCCUUGCAUGGUCCACUGCUGCUUGCAUUGGUGUGCAAAUUGUCAGGAGCAUCGCGAGAGGAGGGGUCGGCUUGCAGAGAACAGUGCCGUGCCAAUGACCGCAGUGAAUCCGCCUCCAGUGCAAGAGAUGAGCAUGGAAGAGAAUCGUGCUCCUGCUGCCCCAGAGAAUGGAGCAGCCAAUACUGAGCAUGAAGCGCCAAAGAGUGAGCACGAAGAUGUGGAGGUCAUUCCUCUAUAGGUCUACUACAAUCAGAAUAUUACGUACUUGGAUGCUAGGAUAGCCUGAGGCAUAAAAUCGAUUCGAAUGAACAUUGGUUCUAUCAAGUCCGUUUUGAUUUUCUUAUGUGAGGACCGAACGAACAUUCCAUUAGGCCAUCAUCAGAACACAGGAGUUAAUCCAGUUUUUUCUUUUCCUUUCUUUUAAAUGUAUACUUGAGUACCUCACUUCGAACAAAGCCGUGCAUGGUUUAAUCGAAGAGCUAGGUACCUGGCCUGCCUGCCUGCCUGGGUACAAUCAUUAGAUUUCUACA